AACACUCGGAGGAGCGGAUUCCUCUGUGCGGACGAUCUACCGUCUCUCGCUCGAACUGAAUAUGAAUAUUCGAGAAUUCAAUUUCCAUUAAGAAAGUUUGGGAAGAAAACAGUGGUGAUACGCUGAGAGAGAGAGAGAGAGAGAGAGAGAGAGAGAGAGAGAGAGAGAGAGAGAGAGAGAGAGAGAGAGUCUUCGGUGUCCCUCGGGGUAGGCGGGACUUCGAGCGCGCAGCCAAUAAGGGCUGCGUAUCUCUAACGGCAAUUAUCCAAUCAGCGUUAUCCUGGGACUCGGCGAGAGGGAGAUGCGUGGCGCUGAUUGGCUGUCGGUGUAUUAAAGUGCUCCAUCACGCUUUGACGGGGGAUGCCAGCCAUGGGACCUUACAUUGAGCCCACAGUAUCCGAGAGGAGGCCGACGACAUAAGCGCUCGGUAAUUGUGAUAAUUGUGUUGUGUCUGGAGAGAAGUGAGUGCGACCCGUUGACAGGGAAAAGGCAAGAGAGGAGGUUUCGCGACGGACUUUGUUUUUACCAAACUCGACAAAAUGCUGGAUAACGAUUUACUGGCGAAAGGCGCGCUCUCCGACGGCCAACAGCAGCCGCCGCCUCUCACCAACCCUUACACCCAGUUCCAGCAAUAUCAACAGAGCAUGGCAGGCUACAAUAACAUGGGCUAUGGAUUCCCUGCCAUGUACCAGAACGGCUACGGCUACCACCUCUCCGGUUAUCCACACGCACCGAGCCCUCCCACAGACGUAACGGAAAAACCCGAAGGGGGCGAAGUACGAGUCACGGCGAAGGGCAAGAAGAUCCGCAAGCCCCGCACCAUCUACUCCUCCCUCCAACUCCAGCAGCUGAACAAGAUGUUCCAGAGGACGCAGUACCUGGCUCUUCCAGAACGCGCCGAACUGGCCGCCAAGCUCGGUCUCACGCAAACCCAGGUGAAGAUCUGGUUCCAAAACCGCAGGUCAAAGUACAAGAAGCUGUACAAAGCUGCCCAAAACGGACAACUGCCUGGAGUAGAUGCAGCCGACAUCGCCGCUGACCUCGGAGCCAACCUCUCCCAGAUGGUUGGGCCCGAAUCCCCAGGGUCCCCCCCAGCCUCGGAUCACCACGACCAGCCUCCGCCUUCCGUAGGAGGCGCCGACGGAGGGCCACUUUCGCCCACGACCGACCACCAGGACCGACCUCAGUCCCUCCCACCGACCGUGUCCAGCCACAGCGACAUGACGACCCCCAUGAUGACAGCCCCCAGGGACAUGAUGACCUCCCCUCCCGCCCACGUCCAGUCCAAGGACAUGAUGGCCAUGAACCAGGUCAUGAGCGAGCAGCGCCGAGAGCAGAUGGCAAUGAUGCCUCCGCACCACCAGUGGGAUCCCGCCCACUACAUGAGCUACUGGAACCACUACGGCGACAUGGCCGCCCAUCAGAUGAACCACCAGAUCAUGACCUAAAGAGAGACGGCGAAAGGGCACAAGAAAGAAAAUGAAGAGACAGACGAAGAGAGAAACAGAGAGAGAGAGCGAGAGAUAUUUUACCUUCUCCAGAUGCUGCUUCGUGGGGCCUGAGACACCGAUGACUUCAAGUUAUCACAUCAUCUGAGAAAUGACUUUUUAUCUUCAACGUCAGCGACGCCAUUUCGUUGUUUUUGAUACCCAAAUCGCACAACUCCCAUGCAGCGCCAGGGACCUGAAGCCGAAAAAGAGUUGUGGUCGCCGUUGAAAUGACCUGAGGUCAAGUCUUACGUCCCGACAGCUAUGGUUUCUUUGCGACGAGAAGCUAUAUUGAUUCUGUCCGAGGUGUCACGCCCCCCCGCCACCAGCUCCGGCCCCCUUACAAACUCAGAUGGCUGAUGAUAUCUCUCAGUGACACUCAUGCCGUUUAUCGUUUCCUACCUCCUCCUCCUCCUCCUCCUCCUACGCCCUUCUAACCCCCUCCCCCCUCUCCAAUCCACCCCUCCCCUCACCCCCAUCAUCCCCUUUGAUGUUCAUUAAACAUUCCAGAGAGGAGACAAGUUUGGUAUAAGCAUCGGCUUGAGUCAGUAUGUUUAACCUUUCAACAGCUACUACUGUAACUGAACAUGUGCAUUGAUUGUGCACAUGCUGAAUGUACAGGAAACGUACACCGUAUAAGUGUAUGCCCUUAAUGUGGAUCCGUCGUUUUCCACAUUAUGUCUGUAUAUAUUUAGAAUUAGUGUAUACAACAUAAAGAUAAGAGAAUAUUAAAAAAAAAAAAAGUAAAAAAAAAUGAUGUAUACAAAACUGACCUCCAUACAUCCGUAUAUCCCCAAGGUCAGGUCAGGUCAGGUCCAAGUGACCUCUAAGGUAUUAUAAAACUUUGACGUUUAACUGUAUGUGCGUACGGUGAUGUAUGGUGUACAUUGUAUUAAUUAUUGAUCCCCAUUUCCCUGCGAUAGCUGCGUGUUGUAUUAAUGUUUGUGUGCAAUACGAUUGGGCCUGUUCUAGAGAAUUAGCUUGGUAAUUCAAUAAAAAUAGAUUGAAUGAAUAAGACUCGUUUAUCUGUGAAUCGUGAAGAACUACAAUUUUUUUUUUUCCGGCGUAGUGAACUUAGAGAAGGAAUAAUUGUUCUUUUAUAUUUUAUUGCACCAGUAUGACUUUAUUGAAUGAUUGGUUUCACACUUGUGUUCUUAGAAAUAUGAUUCACUUUUUUAUGGGAUUAUAAAAAAAAUCAAAGGCAGAUUGCUGAAGUCAGCUUUACACACAUUUAGCAGAUACUGGGCGAUGUUAAGUGACAUCCUCAUAUUUUUUUUUUUGUACAUUCAUACAUUAAUACAAUUUUAGGAAAGCAGGUCUUAAUGAAAAUACUUUGUAUUAAUACAUGAUGAUUUCAUUGUAGACAAAUUUUUUCUUUGAAGUGUUGCGUCACUAGUGUUCCUUUUCCUUUCUUUUAUUUUCGUUUUCGCGAAGGAAUUGAUUUGGUGAUAAAAAAAAUUGUUGAACACAAGACCAUAAAUAUACUUUUUGUAUUUUGAUGGAAGCUUUUUCUUUUAAAAGUCUAUCUGAAUUUCUUUCAGUAAUAAAACUUCAGACUGAAUAACUCACUCACUCUUUCUAAGUGAAGAAAGCUUUUUUAUUUUUAUUAUACCAAAAUGGUCUGAAUAUUAUUUAUUUUUUAUUAAUCUAACAAUUGAAACAUGUCUUAAUACCUGUAAAUACUGUAACAUAUGUAUGUGUAAAUAAAACGCUGUAUAACUGACAAA